GUAAACAUAGUCUUUCAAAACCAGUGACACAGAAAGAUGUAAGUGCUUAUAUGAACAUGGAUAGAGCAUUAGAAGAAAAGAGUGAACUGGCAAAAACAUCACCAUUUAAUUUAUCAAUCACUCAAGAAGGAUAUAUGGAAAUGAAUCAGCUAAUUUCAUCAGUGUCUUUGGAGGAAGAUCAGUAUGGCAGCAACUACUUGGAAAUGGAAUUUCCUAUCAACCUUAAGAGAAGCCUGACAGAUUCUUAUUCAAUAGCAACACAGAACAAUGAGAAAUUUCAUCUUGAUAAGGUUAUAUCAUUCUUUCUGCCUCAUGAUUUGGUCGCCUUUAAACAACAGUUACAGAAGCAUUCUUCCAACCCAAAUAUGAAAAUGCAAUAUGAAUCCAAUCCCUUCUCUGCAAUGUUAAGAGAUUAUGAAAAAUGUAGAUUUGCAAAGAAAUCUCAAAGUGCACCUACACUUGUGGCAAAAACUGAGGAAAAGAGCAAAUCAAGUGAGAAAAGCAGUUUCAAUAAAAAUCUCAAGGAGAUGGAUUAUUCACAAAAACUUCCAAGCAUAAAUACUAGGUUAACAAGUAGUGAAGCUCAAGUUGAUCAAAUUCAUAAUAACCAACAUGCAAAACCAACAACAGGAAGACCCACACCCCUUUCAGUACUUCUGAAACUUGCUAAAAAACAAAAUAGUACCAUUCCAUUUUCUCUUUCGAAAUUUAGAAAAUCUUUAAAGACAAAGGAAAUACCAACUUUUUUCAAAGGGAAAAAAAGACAGAGUGCUGAAACUAUCACCAAGACACAAACACCACAAACUUCAGAUAAGUGCAAUGACAAGACAGCUAGUAAGUAUACUUGUGUUUCCUUAACCCAACAGGAACCUUCUAAUGAUUACCUUGAUAUGAAACCUGGAUCUCAGCAGACAUCAGUUUACAUGUCCAUGUCUAAAGAUGAAAACAUGAAUGAAGAUUCUACAAACCAAGCAUUAUACAGGGGCUUAAAUUAUUUUCAAAACACCUCAGACUACAUGACAAUGAACAGGCAAGAAGCUUUAGUUAAAGAUAAACAGCUGUUUCAGCCAUUGUACAUAUCAGAAUGUAUGGGAUCCAAUGAAGAUAAAAACUUGAGUUUUAAAAUGAAUGAGUCAUGUAGUAUACCUCAAAAAGAAAAUGACCUGUUAAAUAGCUCAAAAAGUUCCAAACCAAUGUCAAAUAGACUUCUGCCACUAGGAGACAACCAGAAGUUAAAUUAUCAUAACAUUUUACCAACCACAAAAUCAGGUUUUUCCAAACUUUUCACACAGAGUAAGAGUGCCAAUUUAUAUCAUUUGACAACAAGUGACAAGAAUGGUGAAAUUAACCAAAAACGAAAUAAAGACCCACUGAGUGAAACACUGGAUAAUUAUCCUGUUUCCCCACAGGCUUUUCCUGGUAUUCAAAAGCACCCCAAUAGAUUAUUGCAGGUUUCCAUACCUUCUAGAAACAGUACUCUAGAAACAGCAGAAGGAGAUUAUGUUUUACUGUCAUCAAAGGAAUCUCCUAAUUAUGAGGAGAUGAACUUUCUCAGCUCAUAUCAGCACUCUGUAAUACCUUCCUCUCUGUACAAUGGAUCUUUAUCUGACUGUAGCAUAGACCACUUACCCAUUUUUGAAAAUAGGAAUGUAUACGAUGGGCUGAAAAGUGGAAAGAAAACUUCUUCUAAUGGUGAAAAUAUCCAUACAUUGUUAAGGAAACAGAAGUCUAUUUCAUUAGAUAAAUCUCUUAAUCCAACAAUAAAGACUUCAUUGCACCACAGGAAAAGUUCCUAUCCAGUAUUAUCCAAUUCUUCUACCAACAAAUCAGCACCAGGCUUAUCAUUGUGUCAAGAAAACAGUCCCCUAGGAAUAACUAAACCUGAUUCUUCAAUACAGUAUCCAGAUCAAAAUAGUCAGUCAGACAUGCCAAAUUUGAUACACAGUUUAAACUUGACAAACGUGGAAAGAAAACCUCAACCAAUGAAAAGACAAGUCAUUUCAGUGGAAACCAUUAAAUCUGGUGAUCUUCAUUUCCCAGAAGAUUCUCAACCACCUCAGAAAAGUCCAGGAUUAAAUCUCAACUAUGCACUUCUUGAUUUAACACCAAUUGAAUCAGACAGAGAGAAAAUUCAGUCACUAAGAAGCACAACUAUUCAAACCCCUAUUGUACAAUCUACACAAGAAAUUCCUCUGUCUUAUGCUCAGAUCGAUUUUGCAAAAUCUGAAGGUUUAAGAAAUACCUCACAUGGCUUAAGAGGCGGAAAAGUUUGAAAUCUAGUGUUAUGUUGUCAGUUAUUGUGUAAUGUUAAAUUUUAUCUCAUUCACUAGUUAUGGUAUAUAAAGGUGAACUGAAUAUUUCUUCAUGGUAUCAAAUGGAUCCACUAAAUAAAAGGAGAUUUACUCAAGAUAUUAAUUAUGGAGUGGUAUUAAAUCUCUUACUAGCUGAAUCAAUGUCAAA